AUGGGCUGCGCACAGUCUGCUGAGGAGAGGGCUGCAGCCGCUAGAAGUCGUCUCAUCGAACGGAACCUGAAAGAGGAUGGAAUUCAGGCCGCCAAGGAUAUCAAACUCCUUUUACUCGGUGCUGGUGAAUCCGGAAAAAGUACAAUUGUAAAACAAAUGAAAAUUAUCCACGAAAGCGGAUUCACAUCAGAAGACUUUAAACAAUAUCGGCCGGUCGUGUACAGUAACACAAUACAAUCCUUAGUUGCAAUUCUUAGAGCUAUGCCAAACCUCAGUAUUCAGUAUAGCAAUAAUGAGAGAGAGAGUGACGCAAAAAUGGUGUUUGAUGUAUGUCAACGGAUGCACGAUACAGAACCUUUUUCAGAGGAAUUAUUAGCAGCUAUGAAAAGACUGUGGCAGGAUGCUGGUGUGCAAGAAUGUUUUUCGCGCAGCAACGAAUACCAACUUAAUGAUUCAGCUAAAUAUUUCCUAGACGACCUGGAUCGAUUAGGGGCGAAGGACUAUCAACCAACCGAACAAGACAUUCUGCGAACCCGAGUAAAAACGACCGGUAUUGUUGAAGUUCACUUUUCGUUUAAAAACCUUAACUUCAAAUUAUUCGAUGUUGGAGGGCAAAGAUCGGAACGUAAAAAAUGGAUCCAUUGCUUCGAAGAUGUUACAGCGAUUAUAUUUUGUGUAGCUAUGUCCGAAUAUGAUCAAGUAUUACAUGAAGAUGAAACAACAAAUCGAAUGCAAGAAUCUCUAAAAUUAUUCGACUCAAUCUGUAAUAAUAAAUGGUUCACCGACACAUCGAUUAUUUUAUUUUUAAAUAAAAAGGAUCUUUUCGAGGAAAAAAUUCGUAAGAGUCCAUUGACAAUCUGUUUUCCCGAAUACACAGGUGGACAAGAAUAUGGUGAAGCAGCUGCCUACAUUCAAGCUCAAUUCGAAGCGAAAAACAAAUCAACGUCGAAAGAAAUUUACUGCCACAUGACGUGUGCUACUGAUACGACCAAUAUUCAAUUUGUGUUCGAUGCUGUGACCGAUGUCAUAAUCGCUAACAAUUUAAGAGGAUGUGGUCUUUAUUAAGUUUUAAAGAAAAGUAUAAUAAUAAUAACGAUAAUGAUAAUAUUAUAUAACAUACACACAAAACGGAAACGACACAACAAAAUACCAAAAAAUAAUAAUGCCAUAGUUAAUGUUAAUUUACUCUUUAUUAUUUUUUUUUAUAGAGUAAAACAUGAGAAAUUAUAAUCCUUUUUUUUUUAUUUUAAAUUUUAAUUGAUUGAUGCGCUGUUCAAUGUUUUUUUUAAUAUUUUGUUCAACAAGAAAGGAAGAACACAACAAACACAAUUUUCUAAAGAGAAUUACUACGAAAAACAAUUUUUUUUGUAAUAGUAUCGUAUUACUGAAAGUUGCUAUUUAUUUUUAUUGCGUGUAUACCAAAAAAGGAAAAGAAAUGUGUAACUCAUUGUGUAUUUUUUAAGUUAUUUGUUAUUGAAAAGGUGAUAAUUUUCUAGCUUCAUUUUACGUAUUAUAUUUAUUUGAUUUUCUAUCUCUUAUCAAUCUUUCUCUCUCUCUCUCUCGAUAUAUAUCACGUUAAUAUACUGAAUGAAGUGAAAACUAAAGCAUAACAAACAUAUUUGCCUAAAAAUCAAAAGCAUAUGCUAAAAAUGCGUUUACGAAACAUUCCCAUGAUGUAAACAGGAGAUACAUUUAUAUUUAAAAUGCACAAGAAUUUGAUGGAAUUUUUGUAUUGAUGCUAACCGGACAAUUGGAAUGAUUUGAUACUUUUUUUCUACAUUCGAUGAGGAAAACUUAAAUAUAAAUGAUAAUUUCUUUAAACAAUUUAUCACAAGCAAGCAAAGUGCCAUUGUCUGAAAACUGGAACUAUUUUACUAUAUUACGAUAUGUUUCCUUUUUUAAAUAUUUUAAGUGAAUUCACACUUCAAUCGUAAAGUUCUCUAAUGCAAGAAUAUUUUAUAGUUGAUAAAUAUUAUUGCUAUCGCUACUACCAAAAAGUUGUCACCGUAAUGUCUCGCACAAAACAAAGUUUUAUUUUAUUAAAUGCUUUAUACAAAGUGUAUAGAUUUAUGUUGUUGGUUUGUUUUAUUUUCUAUUAUAUUUCGAUAUUUUGAUAUGCAUUUAAGUCUGAUAUGAAUGUAAUAACUUUGAAGUUGAUAAUAUGUUUACUAUCGCUGAUUUGUUUUAGAUAAUUAUUAAAUACGAAUGACAGAUACGUAGAGUGAAUAUCGCUUUUAUAUUUAUUGAGAAGAAGCCAGUGUGUCCUGCAUUUUUUGAACUAGAGAAAAGGGCUCUCAUUCCAAACAUUUAAUCAUAAAUUCGCCGAUUGAUUGAAAUGAAAUGCAGUUGAAUGGGUUGAAUAUCGUUUUUUUUCUAUUAAUUGAUGGGUUCUAUUUUACCCUGGAUAAUAGUGGAUGACCACUAGAAGAUUCAUUUUAUAGAUUCUUUCAUAAUAAAAGGUGCAACAUGUUUGGCAUUUGAUUGUCUUAACAGCCAAUGCUCUCAAAAGGCGAAAAAUUUGAUGGCGUUCGUUUUAUAUUUCUGUUUGUACUGAUUUAGCCCAAUAAUGCUGAGUUUGUACGCUCAACCAUGCACAAAACAAAAACGCAGUGAUCAAAGAAACGAAGCACAAAACAUUUCCAGUUAAGGAUUUAGGUUUCUACAUAGUUUGUAAUCAUUCAUUGAUGAAGCACAAUAAUUUUAUGUCUUCAAAGUGUUGAAAAUACAGAAAUUAAAAAUAUACGAAGGAUGAUGGAAGCGCUUUGUUAUCCAGAGUUUUGUUUAUUUCACUCAAAAUACAAAAAUGUGAACUAAGUUAUCCGAAAACCCCUAGACGUGUCUCAUUUAUUCUUGGAGUGAAAUUUUGUUUUAGAUGAAGAACUGACUACAGAUAUUUAUCCGUGAUCAGUUGAUUCUCUCUGCCAUAAGAGAGGAUUUUUCUCCUCCGUUUUACUGGCUGAGAUACGGAUAAAUAGUCGAAAGACACGUAUCUAGUAUGCUCUGGAAAACGAGGUGUAUCUUUUAACAUAGAGAUAAUUUCUGAAAGUUAUGCUUGGUAUAGGUAGGCGGUUUGGAAUCUCAUUUUCGUUGAACAUGACAGUCAACCAUCAGUUUCACUUUCCAUCAGAUAAGUCCCAGUUUCAAGACGUAAAUUGCACAUUUAAAUAGAAUAAACGUUAGGUUGCUCGAUACAAUGUAGAGGAGUGAAACGUUUUCAUUCGACAGUUGUUCAUUACAAAGUCAUGUAAAUUAGAUAACAAAGAAAGAAUUGUAUUUGAAUAUUUUCUUUGUAGAAUACACCAAAACAAGGAUUUAUAAAUCUAUCGUCAAAAUUUAAAUCUCAUUUUAGUACGCUUAUAGCACGAUUUAAAAAAAUGUAUAAAAAGUAUAUAAAACACUGCCAAGUAUUAAUAUGUAAGAAAGUUUAAAAAAUGUAAACAAAAUGAUGUAUCACGAAAGAAAAAACAUCUUAUAGAUUUCUCUUCGCUAAAAUACAGAAGAAUACGUGUAAACAAGGACAUUUUUUGUAUAUUUCUAAUUGUUUUCCCAGAAUCCGUACGAAUUCAACUCCAACCAAACAACUCUUAACGGGCAAAAUCUCUAUCGACAAAGUUUAUGUCUCUGCUCUAUAAAUAAGCUAAAAGCGAUACACAUAGAACAAACUUUCGGAGAACGCGCUUUCAGUAUAUUGUAGUGUAGUUUUGUUAGUUUUUUGAUGGUUUUUCUUGAUUGCGGCAUUCAGAAACUAAGUCUUUAGUUAAUUUCUCAAAUAAAGCCACACCUUAUUGGAUAAACUACCGACUAGUUCACAUAAACAGGGCCGUUUCGCGAUAAAACAGAAGUAAAUAAAAAAGUACUGUAUUGAAUUAUAUGAAAAUAAAACAAAAUUAGUGAUUAAGAUAUAAAGAAAUUACAUAAAACCUUUAAAAAAUAUUAAGUAAAAAUCUGUGAGACCAAAGAAAUUUCUAAAUACAAGAAAAUACAAAAGAUAAAACUCAAAUCUAUUUCUAGAUGAAGAAAAAUAGUUCUUGUAUCAUUUGAGGCAUCAAAGUAAACACUUUAAUAGCAUUAUUCGAAUACAAACAAGUUAAUAGUUUUAUUUCUAUACAAAGGAGAAAAUUACAAAAAUUAAUGCACAUACAAUUAAAAUACCAUGUUUGUAUCAGCAGCAACAAAAGCAGUUUCCUUAUAGUUACAGCAAACAACCAGAAAUGUUUAUAUUACAUAUAUUUUAAUAAGUCUCUACGGAACGUGAAUAAAGUAAAAAGUAGAUUCGGAGAAAUAAUGUAAGAGAUUACAUUCAAAACUGUUCAAAACAAAAACAAAAAUAAUGUAAUGUGAAACAAUAUUUACUAAAAGAAAUCAGAAAAAAAAUAUCCUUUUAUAUUUACUUGAUUACGUAAAACUUGUUAUAUAAAUAAAUAUAACACUGUGCGACAUGAAAGUAACCAAAUUUCGCAGCACUUGUAUAUUUUUAUCUUCCUUAUACCUUAAUUUUGCAUAAAGAUGCAACUGUGAGCUGAGUUUUCCGUAAUUCGUACAAAAUAAAAAAAAGAAUAAUGUAAUCGUCGCACACACUAAGCGAAAUAUUUUGCUUCUAAGUUGUAACAAAAUACCACACAUGCAUUUAAUUGAAAAUCAACAACAAGAGAAACCAAAAUAGAACAAAUUUCGAAAUUAAAAUAAAUAAAAAAAGAAAACACAAAACCUAGCUUCGGUUCUUUCGUAUUACAUUUAAGGGUUUUAAUAAGAACAAAGAAAAAAAAAACAAGUUGUAAUUAAAGAAAUGAACAUCAGCAAUAUGAGAUAGAAACAAAUAAA